CAGGUAAUACUAACCCAUCAGUCAUCACACUACAACACACGGAGGCAUGGCAGUUCCACUGUCGGGACCAUGGCUGUCGAGCCCAAGCGUAUCCUAUGACACUCUUCACGGACGAAGAAAGCCUUUAGCUGUGGCUCUUGCAUCAGCCCCUCCGUUAUCCUCCACCACUAUUCAGAUUGUGGGUGGAAAGGCUUCAAGGUUGUCUCAUAAAGAAGGUGCAAGUUAUAGUAAGAUAUUAGAAUCCAGCAAAGGAGAAAUUGAUUGGGCUGACUUGGAUACUGAUCUUUAUUACUGGACAAAGCCUUUGCGUCCUGUUCAGUGGUAUCCUGGUCAUAUUGCAAAAACAGAAAAGGAGCUUAAAGAACAACUGAAGUUAAUGGAUGUUGUGAUAGAGGUGCGGGAUGCAAGAAUUCCUAUUUCCACCAGUCAUCCUCAGAUGGAUUCCUGGAUUGCCAAUAGGAAAAGAAUUGUUGUUCUGAAUAGAGAAGACAUGAUAUCCACUGCAGACAGAAAUGCAUGGGCCACUUAUUUUGCAAGACAGGGAACAAAAGUUGCCUUCUCCAAUGGGAAACUUGGAAUGGGUACUAUGAAGCUUGGAAGACUAGCAAAGUCAUUAGCUGAUGGUGUGAAUGUCAAGCGUAGAGCCAAAGGACUGCUUCCUCGUCCAGUGCGAGCUGGAAUAGUUGGAUAUCCAAAUGUAGGUAAAUCAUCUUUAAUCAACCGUUUACUGAAGCGGAGAAUGUGUCCAGCUGCCCCUAGGCCGGGUGUGACCAGAGUAUUGAAAUGGGUUCGUUUUGGAAAAGAUCUAGAGCUGCUGGACUCUCCUGGCAUAAUCCCAAUGCGCAUAAGUGACCAGGCAGCUGCAAUAAAGCUUGCAAUAUGUGAUGACAUUGGGGAGAGAUCAUAUGAUGUUGUUGAUGUGGCUGCAAUUCUUGUUCAGAUGCUGACAAAGCUUCCAUCUGUAGGCUCAGAAGUUCUCCACAACCGUUACAAGAUUGAUGUGGACAGUCACUGUGGUAAAACAUUUGUUCAGAAACUUGCACUUCCAUUGUUCAAUGGAGAUGUUAAUCAAGCAGCAUUUCGUGUAUUGUCCGACUUCCGAAAAGGGAAGUUUGGUUGGAUUGCACUGGAGAGGCCACCUAAGGAGUGACUAAAGGGCCUCUUUUUUCCUUUGUUCCUGAGCUCUUUGCCCCACAUCUAGGCUACUGAUCAUCCACCACCAUGUGCGAUUACAUAACCAACAGAGAGGGCUGCAUUUAUCGCUGUUAAUAAUAAUGUACCAAAGGAGUUCCACCUUAUGCCCCAUAGCUUUGACAGAAGCCUGUCUUUAGGCAUUGCAGCCCAGAAACAGUAGUAGCCAACAAAAAGGUGAACCUGGAAGCUUCAUUCUUGCUACUGCAACCAUAUUAUGAUAUUCCCCAGGCAUUUAAUUUGGCAAGCCAGCUCAUGGAACGAGCAUAUUGUAACUAGUCCAUCACAUUGCACUCUCUCUCUCUCACACACACACACCUGCACACUCAUGUAGACACAUGUACUCACAGCAGGUUUAUCAAACAAAUUUCACUACAGAUGGAGAGGUGAUUGUAGUGAAAAUUUCCAACGUUCCAUUACAUUGGUAUAUACCAUAUACUACAUGCUGAUCUAUGAACAAAGAUGGCUUUCAGUUUGUCUUAAUGGCUCUCCUUGUUGCUUGGUAUUUUUCUAUCUUAAAUAAAGGGUUUUUUUUUGGUGUAAUUUGGGAGAGAGAGAAAGAGAACUGGAACUGUAACUGUAACCAAGUUUGUCAUCUUCUGAGAAUCAAGUUCUUAGCAUGGAGAUUUCCCUGGUUUGUUGAUUUA